UUAGUAUUUAGUCUGUUCUGUUCAGUCGUGCGCGCACGUUUGUUAUUGUUGGGUGUUUGUAACAGUAUAAUAUAUAAUAAUUGCGGCGUGCGUAGUAUUUUCCUAUUUAUUUUUUUCAUUUACAUUUAAAAACGUUUGUCAUUAUAUGGAAUAAUACACUGAUAUAUACAACCAUGCGACUUUUCAAAAGGCGUUGUUCAGAUCCGAGUCCUCAACUCGUUAGUUUGUCGCCUAUUGAACAGGACCACAGAGAUAUAUCUCCUGGAUAUACAACUCCAAAAGGAUGUACCACACCUGAUAAUGGUUCACCAAAACCUCAAAAAAAAAGUUUAGCAACCUGGGGUAAAAAAGUAGGAAGAAAAUGGGAUCAAUUAAAAAGAAGUGAUUCUUCAGAAAUACUUCAAGUUUCUCCUAAUCGUAGAAGACAAUGGUCACCUAUAUCUACAAAAGAUAUAAAUAAUCAAAAUAUUGAAAUUCAUCAAAAUUAUAUUGAUAAAUUACAUAAUAACCAAAAUAAACGUAUUUCAAGAAUAGAAAGUAUUAGAAGUAUUGAAGAACCAAGAACUUUAGAAGAGAAAGAUCAAGAUUGGCUAAAAGAAAAAUGUCAAAAAGGUCUCGAGGAUUUAUACGCUAUGGAAAACCCUUCAAAAAUAAAAAUAAUUCCUCCCAAAAUGAUGUCUAUUAAAAGAACGACAUUAUCUGUCAACAUUGAUGAGAAUCCACUCGAAGAACAGUGUAUUUUAGAAUAUCUUAUUUCUAAUAAAAAAAUAUUAGGAUUACAGAAAAGUAUUGAUGACCUCAAGACUCUUAAUUAUGAAGACCUACUUAAUGUGUUCAAUCAAGCUACAAAUCGAGUAAAUCAAAAUUCUUAUACUAAAAACCGAAGAAGAAGACAUACAAGCUUUGGUGAAACGUUUAUGAUAAAUAAAAUUGACGAAAAAAAUCGCGUGAUAAUAAAAGCUGAUGAAAGUGGUUAUGAGAGUGAUUCUACUAGAAACGGCGGAGAUUCACCUAGAGGAUCAAUUAAAUCUCAAUCUUCAGUUGAUAAUGAUGAAUUUUCUAGAAAAAAUAUUAGGAUGGGUUUACGAAGAGGGGAUAUUAAAGAACUUCAAGUUGGAUCAAAUGUGGAGGUCUUAUCGUUGAUGUGUAACGAAUGUAAAAAACCGGAACAAAAUAUGAGUCUUUAUCAAAGGUUUUUAUUGAAAAAAAGUAACUGCACAGGUCCUAGUGAUCGACAUACUGAAAUUAAAACCAUACGGCUUAGCAAACGCCUAGGUGAAGAUGUUGGAGUUAACGUGGAGUGUCGAGACUCUUCUUCUAGAACCCGUACAUUAUAUAUUACGGCUUUAUCAGGUCCAGCAGCUAGGGAUGGUAAAUUAUGUGUUCAAGAUGAAAUAAUAAAAAUCAAUGGUACUAGAGUAAAGGGCUUAAGACGACAAGAUGUGGAAUCGAUAUUGCGUUCAUCCAAGUAUAGCGUAGAAUUUGUUGUUUCUAGAUCUAAAUGUCAACCAACCUCAAAUACAGAACAAGUUUUAUUGAUUCAAAAACCCCCAACUGUUCCUAAAUACCCGGCAAAGUCAGAAGAAGUACACGAGCCUCUUUAUUCUAGACAAUCAUCUUUGCCAGAAAUUAAGUUAGAUGAAAAACCUAAAAUGACUGGAAUGCGAAAAUUCUCGGUGCAUUUAGAUCAAACUCGGCCCAAACAUACCCAAAUACCUCGAUUACCAAGACCUAGAUCAUUAUCUAUGUCUCUAACAACGGUAGUUUUCCACAAAGGACCAGGAUAUAAGUCUUUAGGAUUCAGUAUCGUUGGUGGAAUUGACUCUCCUAAAGGAAGCAUGGGGAUUUUUGUUAAAACGAUUUUUCCUACUGGUCAAGCAGCGGAAUCCCAGCUCUUAAAAGAAGGUGAUGAAAUUAUCAGCGUAAAUGGCAAAAGUUUGGAUGGUUUCAAACAUUCUCAAGCUAUUGCGCUAUUCAAAGAAGUCAAAUGUGGUCAGAUUGUUAUUCAAGUUGGACGAAGAGAUCUCAUCAAAAGGAACAGUAAAUCUAAAUCUUGCGAUGAAUUAGACAAAGUUGUUAAAGUCCGUUGAAUAGAUUAAAUAUUAUUUAUUGAAAUUACAUUCUGUGAUAUGAUAGACAAAAAUAAAUUUUCUUAAAAUUGA